CGCCUAUCGGUGCUCGCCACCGCCUAUGACUGCUCCACGCCAAAAUGUCCAAUUCUACGUAGUACCCAAGAAGCCGGCAAUCAGGACUGUUUUGGGAAUCCGAAAUUAAAUAAAAAUACCGGUCAACCGUCUCUCUUAUAACACCAUUCGCCUCUGUUAGUUAAGACCACCAAACAUACCAAAUUACCAAUGAGAAAACAAUUAGAAGCUACCUGCGGCUGCUAUGUUCAUGGCCAUGUUUAUUCACGAAGCAGCUAGAAACAUGAACCAGAUUUGCAGAAAAGUUGUUCACAUCAACGUCCGGUGGAGCAUACUCCAAAGGGUCUCGGUUAUCCGACAAUUUUUCCGAUUCAUUUGGGACAGGAUUCUUGUUUGUUCCAUAGGAAAGGCACCGGGCCGGUACCGGAGGUUGUCCCGCCGGAGUUCGUUUCUACCGCAGGAGGCAUUAAUUGAGGCGGCAGGCAUGGGAUUGGAUGAGUCCUCCUCGACUUGUAGUGGGUAUGACUCGGAUUCCGAUUUGGUCCCCUUGAAGAUCAGUUUGUUGGGUGAUUGCCAGAUCGGAAAAACAAGCUUUGUGAUAAAAUAUGUAGGAGAUGAGCAGGAAAAGAGAAGCUUGCAGAUGGCAGGAUUAAACUUGAUGGACAAGACUUUAUCGGUUCAAGGUGCCCGGAUUUCGUUAAACAUAUGGGAUGUGGGAGGCGACAAAGGAUCACUGGACCAUGUUGCAGUUGCUUGUAAAGAUGCAGUAGCAAUUUUGUUUAUGUUUGAUCUUACAAGUCGGAGUACACUAAAUAGUGUUAUUGAAUGGUAUAAUCAAGCAAGAAAGUGGAAUCAGACGGCAAUUCCCAUAAUAAUAGGAACAAAAUUUGAUGAUUUUGUUAGACUUCCCCCAGAUUUGCAAUGGACGAUCGUUACUCAGGCAAGGGCAUAUGCAAGGGCAAUGAAAGCGACUCUGUUCUUCUCGAGCGCCACCCACAACAUAAAUGUGAACAAGAUUUUCAAAUUCAUCAUGGCCAAGCUCUUUAACUUGCCGUGGACGGUAGAGAGAAAUUUGACUGUUGGAGAACCCAUCAUUGACUUCUAAAGCUCUACUUUUUUUUUCCACUGAUUCACAUGUACAAAAGCUGAAGAAAAUAUAUAUAUUACUUUGAUCCGGCCACCGGAUUGACUCCAUUA